AUGGCUAGUGGGGCCGCCGCCGAUGGGCUUUUCCGGUCAGUGUAUGAGGGUUGCAUAUCUUGCUACGACAACUGCAUUGAACGGAGGCCUUACCAUCGUAACUGUGGUUGUGCUCUCCAUAACAAGUCACGCAAAAGCUGCACACACAAACUGCCAAGGUGUAACAAUGUAUCAUACCCUAUGAGAAGGGCAUGGAGUGAAGGAAGCUUGGUCUUGGAAGCUUCCGCUCAUUCCUCUUCUUCUUCUCCUUCUCCAACUACAGCUAGGAGCAGGGCUCAAGCGAUUUUGGUAAACCUUGAGGAGGAGGAGGAGGAAGAUACAUAA